UAUUAAUUUUUUAAUUCAAUUUUGCUUAUGAACUGGUAGGGAGGAAAAAGUCUGGGAAUAACAAAAAAUUUGGUACCAUUUCUUUGAUUCCUGUAUUUCACUAUAUUUGCUUCGCUUGUCUGACAAAUUAAUUCCAAAGAACGUAUAUUAAUUAAUAUACGAUCAUUGUUAUUAAUAUACGUGCAAAGGCGAAUUCAAAGUGUUAUUGAACACACUCCUAGCAGAUGACAAGCAAAAAUUGAACAGAAUGUACUCCACUUUUAAAUAAAAAAGCAGAUAGAGUUGAUCCGAAAGUGAAAUUGUUCAAAAAUGGGUUGUCCAAUGGGUUUUGGAGAGUUAAAUAUACCGUCUUCCCGUGCCUUCUGGGAUGAUUGCGAUGAGGACGAACCAGUACUUAAGGAUAAGGAAAUCAUAAAGCUUCAAUUGCUGUAUGAACCAAACGAAACUCAAACACCACCGCCAACUAAAAUUUUUUUGCUAAUAGAAGGCACUAACAUUUCGGAAUUUGUAGAAGCGUUAUUAUUAAAAAACGCACAAAGGAUAUGUAAAAUAUCAUCAUCAAAAUCUUCAUUGAGUUACGUUAAAGAGCAGGGGUUAUUAAUCGCAUUAUUGUAUGAAGACCUCACAAAUAGUGGAGAAGUGACGGAGCUGUUGCUGCCAUAUGCGAAAGAAGCGGAAAAGGUCAUCACUUUGACCGUGAAAUCGAAAAUUGAAUAUCAGAGUGAAAAUUUACAAAACGUGCGUGAUGACAUUACUUUCUUAAGAGGAAUAAAUUCUCAAUUAGUGCACGUAGAAGAAUUAGAGCCCCCUAAUUUUGUAGUGGGCGUUGCACCCGGCAUCGCUUGUUGGCGUCAUAACGAAAAUUUGGCUGCCUCGGCUUAUGUAGCCUAUACGGACAAUGUGUCACUAGACACAUUAGCGGCGAAACCAAUAAUAAAAUUACUACAGGAUCUGGGAAUAAGUUGCAAUGACACCUACAAACCAGUUUAUAGAGAAACAUCGCACCUCUAUAUGUAAAUAAUUUGCAAUGAGGUUUAUUACAAGGUUUUGAUUUCUGAAAAUAAAUACGGUAACUGGGGAAUUGGUGGAAA